GUCGGAGUGAGAUAUACUGUGCGCUCUGCUUGAAGAUCGGAGAUCUUUGUUGUCAAAGAUUUUUGGCUUUGAUAUAAGGCUUCGGAAUUCGAGGUAUUUUGGUGUUUUAUCGAGUGGAACGCGUGCGAGACAGGUGAUACGUGUGAAAUGUGUUUGAACUGUUAGCAGGAAGUUUCGCCGCCUGGAGAAAGAAAUAUAUACUCGCAGAAGGAAACAAACGGAGUUAAAAAAAACAUUUUCAUCAAUUGCCGUGAUGUUCCGCGGUUUUGAUUAAUUAGGUGUGAAUCGAGUGCGCACACGGCUUGCGCGUUAUUGGCGGCGUGUUUUUUUUUUGUUUUUCGACAUUCGGGAAUUUUUUCUCCAUUUUGGCCUUUUAUCUCCUAUCACACAGCCGCCUUAAACUAGCUGAUUGCUUGUCCCGAUGGUGCGCGGCGGCGGGAGAUGAAAGGAAGCAAGCGGAUGUGCUAGCGGUUCGCGGUCGUUCAGAAGAAAGCAAGUGCCGGGAAGUGGUUCUGACUGCCCGGAGGAGUUUUGAGUUAUAUGUUAUAGUGAGGAAAAUAGUCUUAUCUAGCGGGAUGGCUAUCCGAUUUGCGAUAAUCGUUUAUUGACGCGACAAACGUGACUGAGUGGGAAAGUGGCAGUUGUUGAAGAAGGUGAUUCUGGGAUGUCAUGCUGGUAGGAAACAAGUAGUGUACGGGGAUACGAUCGAUGGGAAUGCAAUGGAUAAGAAACAACACAAAUCGUUGGCAGGAAAAGCUUCGGGUAUUAUGAAUUGUUGUGCAAAUUGUGUGGUGUAGUUUCGCAUCGUGGGAUAAAAUAGUACUAGUACUAAAGCAAUUUUGGGAAGUAUAGAAAAAAAAACCAAGAGGGCAAACAUAACAGCGACAUCAAAGAGUAAAGUGUACCAAUGAAUUGGCCAACUAUAGCUGUAGUAGAAAUAAUAACAGAAGUAAAUUCAGCUCGAUCAAAGUGAGUUUUCCUGAAACGAAAAUUAAAUGUUCCUAACUAUAAAGAAGUAGCUUGCGACAUCAAAGGAAGAACGCUGGGCGGCAAGCGGCCAAGUCCAAACGAUAUUUUGUGUGAGCACGAGUGAGCGGGAGGGCGCACGCUGUUGUCUUCCAAGUGCUCUGCGCGCCUACGGUCUCUGCCCGAGGAGGUGACCACAGACGUGGAGGAGCAGUGUUUUGGUUUCAUCAUUCGGAUCGUGAGCAACACCAGAACGGAGAACUGACGCGGUGCAAAAUGCGAAGGAAUGCGAGUGGAGCUUUAUUUACGGCGGCGGCAGUGGCGUGUCUGAUUGUGGCACAUUUCAUCUCGCCAUGUCGAUGCCGAGCGGCUGCCGCAGCGGCAAUGGGUAACACCGCCGGCGGUAGCCAUAGACAGCGGAUGGCAAAUAUUUCCAUCGAAAGCAACUCGAUUCAGCGAUCAGUCGGCGAAACAGAAGCGUUGGAUGGGUCGGACCUAUCAUCGGUGGCGUCUGUGGCUGACAGCCACGGUGAACAAGGUGGCGCCACGGGUAUUGGUGGUGGUGGCAAUCAUCAGCCUCCGACUAGUGCAUCUGUUCAGAAGGAAUUGAAGCGGGUGUUUCUCUCUAAUCGGACGGUUACCUGCAACGACGGAUCUCAGGCUGGGUUUUAUCUCAGAAAAUCGCCUGGAUCCAGGCGAUGGGUAGUAUUCUUCGAGGGAGGUUGGCACUGUUAUGAUCAUAAAUCAUGCCGAGCGAGGUGGCUAAAGCUGAGACAUCUGAUGACUUCGGCACAGUGGCCCGAGACGAGAGAUGUUGGUGGUCUGCUUUCUCCACUUCCAUCGGAGAAUCCAUAUUGGUACAAUGCUAACCACGUAUUCGUGCCAUACUGCAGCAGUGAUUCCUGGAGCGGAACCAAGGUCCAACCGGACACGCGCGAUGGAUUGCGCUUCAUGGGUUCGCUUAUUGUGCGGCAGGUUAUGGCCGAUUUGAUUCCACUCGGGCUCGGACACUCGCAGGGGGCCGACCUGCUGAUGGCGGGUUCCUCAGCCGGGGGUCUCGGGGUUAUGUUGAAUUUGGAUAAAGUACGACACUUCCUACAGAAUGAAAAAGGUCUCAAAGUGAAUGUACGAGGCGUUAGCGACUCCGGAUGGUUCCUGGAUCGGGAACCAUACACACCUGGAGCGGUAGCAGCUUCGGAAGCAGUUCGCCAGGGUUGGAAAAUGUGGGAUGGAGCAUUGCCACAAGCCUGCGUUGCCGAACAUCCGAAUGAGCCCUGGCGGUGUUAUUUCGGUCAUCGAUUGUACAACACAUUGCGAUCUCCCCUCUUUGUGUUUCAAUGGUUAUUCGAUGAGGCUCAGAUGCGGGCGGAUCACGUCGGUGCCCCCGUUACCCCCCAGCAGUGGGAUUACAUACACGACAUGGGAGGCGCCUUGCGGGAAUCGCUGAACAAUGUUACGGCAGUAUUCGCACCAUCCUGUAUCGGUCAUUCGGUGUUGACAAAACGUGAUUGGUUGAGCAUCAAAAUUGACGACAUCAGUUUGGCCGAUGCGUUGCGUUGUUGGGAACAGUCGGAUGCUAAAGACAGACAGAUUCAGAGGCGACAAUCGAACAAAAAUCCCCAAAACCCCCAGAAGUUGCGAAGAAAACACAAUGGAGCCAGACGUAACAAACAACAACAGCAACAAAAUGGUACAAUGGGCGCGGACGAUUUCGAGCGGGAGCAGCAGCCGAGGCAAAAGUUGACCAAAGAAGAACGCGAACGAAGACGCCAGGAGCGACGGGAGCGAGAGAAUCAGCGGAAAUUGAAUAGACUAAAUCGGAAGAUCGGUAAAGACGGCGAACGAAACCAGACUCGUCAGCAGCAACAAAUCGAACAAUCCCUAUCAACGAAAGUUCCUAGAAUAGAGCGAUCACCAAAUAGUAUCGGUAACCAUAGUAAUAAUCUUAGCAGUAAUGUCAAUCCUAAGAACCCGCGCCCGAAACAACAGAACGGUCAACAUCGGUUGCGGAAUCAAAACAAAAAGCGGUUAAAUCACAAGAACCGUAACCGGAAGCAAAAACCGAACAAUCGGAAGCAGAACAUGAACGCUUUCGUGCAAGCCCUGGAUAUUGCGGAACCAAAGAAAUGCUCUCUGAGGUUGCUGGAACGGUGCAGCUGGCCCCAGUGCAACCACUCCUGCCCAACGCUCACGAAUCCACUGACGGGCGAGGAAAUGAAGUUCCUCGAGCUGCUGGCAUCGUUCGGGUUGGAUAUGGAAGCGGUAGCGACAGCUCUUGGGGUCGACAUGCAAACUCUGAACAACAUGGAUCAGGCGGAGCUAGUGAACUUACUGACGCAACAGGUCACGUAGCUUGGCUGCAGUGAUGCCGUCGGAUGUUUGUAAAUAACCGGACAAAUUAAAGCUAGAAGAGUAAUUUAUAAUUUAUUUGCCUUGCCUACAAUGGCACACCAGACAUUUAAUUGAAUUCAAAUGAAUUUUAAUGUUUGAGCAAGAUGUGUUUCUAAGUUCUAAAUUUGAAACGACCAGCCGGUGUUAUUCCGGAUGGAUCGUUUCUUCCCACGAUUCGGCCAAUGUUUUGAUUCAGAAACGCAGCUCACUUUUGUUGAGAUUAAUCGUUCGUAGUAUGUGUAAAUAUUUAAUAUUAGGGAAGCCGAGAAGCAAAUCACCCCAGACUGAAUCAUAUGUUAACAAUAUUUAUUUCAAUAGCAUAAGGCAGAUUGUAAAAUAUUUGAAUCCCGCGAGAAAUGCUCAUAAUUUCCGAGAUGGAAUAGCGACAAUUGACCCAGUAUUUAGAGCACCACUAGACUAGAAAUGGUACCCAGGCAGUACUUUUGUAUCAUAUAAUUUUAUAGCGAGAAUAGCACUAAAGCCGAACGACAGAUGUAUUUAUUUCGAAUACCUGAACAAUUAGACUGUAAAUACUGUAUCCGAUAAGAAACUCGAAAUGUCUACCUCACCGAUUACUAGCGUCACUGCGUAGUAGUAGUAUCGAAUCACUCGAAUAGCAAAUGAACACAGGAUUAAAACUGAUCGAAACAAGUAACAAACUGCAAGAGAAUCAUAUUUUGUACCUGCAAUUAGUCAUAGUAAUAGAGAAAGAACGAAACUAGUAGAAGAGAAUCUUAAUUUAAAAGCUCACCCCUUCGCAGUGGCCUCUAUAGGGAGCCCACCAUAGAAGUAUCGUAUUUUGUUAUGAUUGUUUACCUUCUUCUGGACAAAAUUACCUAGCUCGUAAGGGUUAAGAACGUUUCAUUCACCGCCACUGAUAGUAAAAGAGGAUGCUAUUGUAAUUGUAAAUAUUUAUUUAUAUAUUAUUAACCGGACAGAGAACGUCUCUGAAAUUCACAAUUCUUCAAUCAGUAUUAUGAUGCUGAGAAAGCCAAGUGAAGAUAUA